AGUCACCUGUUACCGCAUCAUAGUUCUCAUUACUUUAAUCGGCCCUUGUCCCGCUUUUUCUUUCCUACUUGUAUUACUCAGCCCUUGGACAGAUCUAGAUCGGAGUUCCCCUGCCCUCAUCUAGGAACAGACCCCCCUGUCAGAAAAAGACCCGAAAUUGUGAUCGCCCUUCCUUUCUCAGUCUAACUUUAAAGCCUUUUUCCCACUUUCUGACCUCGCUUUUGCUUUUCAGGCCUAAAAAAUCUUUUCUGAACUCCCCGUUCAACAACUUCCGAAAUUCCACCAUUAUCCACCCAUCUCCCUCGCUCCGCACAUUUCACUAACUUCUCACCCACAUCUCGGGGUCCCCACGCCUGUUUCUUUCCCCUGCUCGGAUUUCCCGAUACGCGAGGACCCCGUUACCUAUCAUUGCGUUUCCCUUUUUCCUUGCACUUUCUUUUUCGUCAUCUUGGAUGAUUAGUAUAGCUUCUCUCCAUCCUUCCAUAUAGAAUACUACGAAGGCACAGCCAGAUAUCCCAAUGAAGGUGUUUGAGUCAUCAUGCACCUUUGAAUACCCGUGGGCCAACGUCUCCAUCGCAAACUGGAGGAAAUACGGGUCCUGGAACACGCAGAGUACUCAUGUCGUAGCGGUUGACACACUGAGCCGAAGUGUUGACCCCCGUACUGGUAUUGUGAGUAGCCGGCCACUUCCUGAUAAUCAUUAUUGCCCCAGCUAACUCGUCAUCUUAAGCUGCGCACCGAACGCCUAAUAACCUGUAAACAGAAUGCCCCCCGCUGGUUAAUGAAAAUUGUUGGCGGCGCCGAAGAAUCCUAUGUCCGAGAAGUAUCCAGCGUCGACCCUCAGCAGCAAACCGUCACCCUCCGCUCGAUGAACCUCACAGGCUCAAACAUAAUCUCUGUUCAGGAGACAGUGGUUUACUCUCCGGACCCUUCGAGCCCAAAGACCAAGACUCGAUUCCAACAGGAUGCACAAAUCACCGCCUAUGGCGCAUUCUCAAAAAUUUGUGGCGCAAUUGAGGAUUGGUCAGUGGAGAGGUUUGGACAAAAUGCUCUGAAGGGACGUCUGGGGUUUGAAUCGGUGCUUGAGAUGUCAUCCAAGGCCUUCAGGGAUAUGAAGCUGGAGGAGGGAGGCUGGAGGAGAUAA